AUGUCCUCGGACCAUCAUCAUCAUCAUCAUCAUCAUCAUCAGCCGAACGAAGAAACUUCAUCGCUGAGAUGUGUCGCUUCCACUCAGGAUGCAUUCAAACGUCCCGUAGACCGACGUCUGCGCCCGCCGUCUCUGCUCACGCACCACGAGCAUGUCGCCAAGCGCUCCAAUGUCUUCCAUGAGGCGCAACUCUCGCCCGACGGAUCGGCCAUCAUCACCAACAAUGAAGAUCAAUGUCUGCGGACCUACCCGUUAUCAGCAGACGUACUCGACGAGAAUGAAGAGCCGCGCCUGCUGAGACCGCACGACAUGCAUCUCUCCCACAGCAACAUUCAGGCCUUCGCUAUCUAUCCACACUUCAACGCAGGCGAUACCACCUCGACCUUGAUCCUCUGCGGCAGCACAGAUGUCCCAAUCACCCUCCGCAACGCACUUGCUUUGGAGCGUCCGGCCGCCUCAUAUCCCUUUGUAACUCGUACAACAGAAGAACACUGCCCGCCGAGAAGCCUCGCCUUCACGCGGGACGGCAAUCAUUUCGUCGCCGGCAGCGAUAAUUACCUUGCUAUCUUUGACUGCUACAGAGACGGUGAGCCUCCUGUAUCAUUUCGUAAGCUGAGAUCUCGAAGGGCCGCUGUUCAGUUGGACUCGUCGUCUUUCUCCAGAAGCGCAAUCAUUCGUGCGCUCGACAUCAGCAGUGGCAGAACGCUAGCCGUCGGCAGCUUCGCAGGUGAGGUAGGGCUCUUUGGAAACGAGGGAAACGGGGCUUGUGAUAUGGUAUUCCGCAUUCGGGAGGCUUCUGGCAGUGGCGUCUCCAGUCUGAAGUGGAGUCCAGAUGGAAAGUAUCUGCUCGUCGCAGGGCGCAAGAGAGAUGACAUAUUUGUGUAUGACAUUCGAAAUACCAUGUCAAAGGUUUCCACCCUUACAGGGCGUCGGGCGGAGACUUUGCAGAGGCUUGGCGUUGAUGUGUUGCAGACGGAGCAUGGCUACGAACUCUGGGCAGGAGGAACAGAUGGAUGCGUAAGGAAGUGGGAGAAUCCUGGACUAGCCGGGGGAGAUCAAGCACCUGACGCGGAGAUGCGGCUUCAUGAUGGUAAGACCAGACCCCAUCUAAGACUUUAUGCAUGCUUCUAACACUCUUGCAGGGCCCGUGAGCAGUGCCACUUGGCAUUCAUCUGGAGCAGUGAUGGUGACUUGCUCAGGGGAGCUGUAUCCCUCCCCGAAUCUCGACGACAGCGAUGAAGAAUCCGGCAGCGAUGACGAGCCAAGGGAAGAUGAGCUCUUCGUUCCAGACAACAGCCUCAAGGUCUGGGCAGCUUGA